GCGAGUUUGGGCAGUCAUGUGGCGCAUAAUGUGCUGACAAAAUAAAGGAGUCAUGACUCACUAAAUAAAACGGUAUCACUGACUCGUGAUUAUGUCUGCUACUACCCCUCCAAGUCAACGGUCGGUCAAUCACAACCAUUGCCAACUCCGCCAUCCAAGACCUUCUAGAACAUACGGGACACAAAUCCUGAUUCUGCUCUACUCUACUACUCUCUCUGUGCUGUAGCCUACCGCCAACAGCCCAGUCCAGGGAAACGGUUCCUUAUUGCUUUUUUCUCGUCACCAACUUAGGCAACGUACCCUACAGCCUCAUCGCACAUUUCGCCCAAAAAUGUCCACCGCAGUUAUCUCCGCCGAGGAUGCCCUUGAGCCCUCUCUACAGUCUCUCCUGGACCAGCGAAGCCUUCGUUGGAUCUUUGUCGGCGGCAAGGGCGGUGUCGGCAAGACCACGACUUCUUGCUCCCUCGCGAUUCAGCUCGCCAAGGUUCGACGCUCUGUUCUUCUCAUCUCGACCGAUCCCGCCCAUAACCUUUCAGAUGCUUUCUCUCAGAAGUUUGGCAAAGAGGCCCGCCUUGUCAACGGGUUUGACAACCUGAGUGCCAUGGAGAUCGACCCGAAUGGCAGCAUUCAGGAUAUGCUAGCAGGCCAGGGCGAGGCCGAUGAUGUCAACGCUGCGGCUGGUGGUCCUCUGGGAGGCAUGAUGCAGGAUCUGGCAUUCGCAAUCCCUGGUAUCGACGAGGCUAUGUCCUUUGCCGAAGUCCUCAAGCAAGUCAAGUCCCUCUCAUACGAGACCAUCGUCUUCGACACAGCCCCGACAGGCCACACCCUGCGCUUCCUCCAGUUUCCCACCGUUCUUGAGAAGGCUCUCGCAAAGGUUUCUCAACUGUCGUCGCAGUAUGGUCCUCUCCUCAACGGCUUCCUUGGCUCCGGAGGUCAGCUACCCAACGGACAGAACCUCAAUGAUAUGAUUCAGAAACUUGAAUCCUUGCGAGAGACCAUCGGCGAGGUCAAUACUCAGUUCCAGGACGCUGAACUCACCACCUUUGUCUGUGUGUGCAUUGCAGAGUUUCUGAGUCUCUACGAGACGGAGCGUAUGAUUCAGGAGCUUGCUGGUUAUGGUAUCGAUACCCACUCCAUCGUUGUCAACCAGCUGCUCUUCCCCAAGAAGGCUAGCGAUUGCGAUCAGUGCAACGCCCGUCGCAAGAUGCAGCGCAAGUAUCUUGACCAGUAUGAAGAACUAUAUGCUGAGGACUUCAAUGUCGUCAAGAUGCCUCUGCUUGUUGAGGAGGUACGAGGAAAGGAGAAGCUUGAGAAGUUUAGUGAAAUGCUUGUUACACCUUAUGUUCCUCCUGAGUAGGGCUGGUAUCAAGGGCUAGGCAUAGAAGGUGAGGUGGAAUAUGAGAGAACGGAUAUAAACAGUAUCACAUAUAAAAGAGCACGGGCGGCGCGGAGUUGUAGAAUAAUUGAUUAAUGGCUUACGAUAAUACACCCUAGAAUUAAGCUGCAGACACAGUCAAUCACCAAAAAAGCACCCAAGAAUUCUUAGUUUUCGUUCA